UCACAAGUCGCUGGGCACGUGUGUGAGCUUGAGUGCUUCGAUGGCGUCCUGCACGGCGGCUGACGUCAGCUGCAUUGCUGUCACCACACGAUGUACCGGCCGGCCAAAAGAGGGAUAGCAUCGGCCUGCUGCAGCGGGGGAGCCGUCGGCAGAGAGGGCAGCACUGGACCAGUCAUAGAAGACCUUCGGUGAGACGCGCCGUUUCUCCUCCUCUCUGUUGAUGAGCCACGACAAAAGAGGGCCCGUCACCCAACUAGCCAUCACGCGGGCUGAAUGAAACGCCAUGAGACGACACCAGCAGGCAGAUAAAACAAAGAUGGUCAUUGUGUGUUAUUCCGCUGCUCACCGAUAGCCUUCGUGCGGUCACCGAGGGCCGUAUAUCGGUAGCUAACUUGCAGCAGGACAUACCGACAUAUCUGCGUGGCCAAUAUGAUGUAGUGCACCAGAUUGGCAAGAAUGACGACCAGCACGAGGGCGAUCGUCAGCACAAGAGAAGUCCCCUCGGGCAGCAUGACGACGGACUGCAUGACGAACAGCGACACGAGCCACACCAGCAGCCCACGCAUCUCAGACCGAUUCAAUAUGUCCAUACUGCCUCGAUCGAACGGCCACACGGUCAGUUGCAGCACCAAACAUACAGCGGCGAUGAUUGUCCAGCCCAGCAGCUGCUGGCGGGGCUGUGCCGUCGCUUGUUGUGCGAUAAGGAGUACCAAUACACGCCUCAUAGCCAGCAGAGCAUCCCAAUAGUGGAAGCUUUUGCGAUACCCGACAUAGAGGAAGCCCACCCUUCUGCGCGUGUGGUGGUCCUGCAGGCUGUCUCUGUGUCGCCACAAAAACGCCACGCCACAUAUGACAGGGCCGAAUGUCCACAAUAACAGACCAGCCACGGCAAUCCACAGGAACGGGGCGUGCUCGGUCGAUCGGCAGAUGACACGGGAAUCGAGAUCCAUCCGAGGCUGCAUUUCAUCCAUCGGAUUGGGUGAGAGUAGGCUGACACUCUCUCCUGAGGCAAUAGGAAUGACAUCGUCCACAUAGGGGUAGGGCCGGCAGCGCAGGAGGGCCAGCAUGCUCUUGGUCACGGUCGGGUGGAUAAAUGUGAGGAUAACAACCAU